GAUUACAGUUACGUCGUUAAAAUGCGUCCAGGUUUGUUUUUGUUAGCUUAAACCGUACCGUUUGAUAUUUAUUUUCUAUUGUAUCAGAACCCUAAUUUCAUUUGUACGACUCUGUAGCGUGUGCUUAGAUCCAACUUUCCAUAAUGCGUAGUCUAUGAAAACUGGAUUACGCUUUACAUUGUUCUCCAUCAUGAGUGGGGGAUUGGCACCAAGCAAAAGCACAGUGUAUGUGUCUAAUUUGCCUUUCUCUCUCACCAACAAUGAUCUCCAUAAGCUAUUUACCAAGUAUGGGAAAGUUGUCAAGGUGACAAUAGUUAAAGACAAAGAGACUCGAAGAAGUAAAGGUAUAGCAUUUGUCCUCUUUCUGGACAGAGAAUCAGCCCAUAACUGUACACGAGCAAUCAACAAUAAACAGUUGUUUGGUCGAACAGUUAAAGCAAGUAUCGCUGUUGAUAAUGGACGAGCAACUGAAUUUAUAAGGAGAAGGAACUACACAGACAAGUCCAGAUGUUAUGAAUGUGGGGAUACAGGACACCUAAGCUAUGCAUGCCCAAAGAACAUGCUUGGUGAGAGGGAACCACCAAAGAAAAAAGAAAAGAAAAAGAAGAAAAAGCCGCCACAAGAUGAACAGCAGGAGGAAGAACCAGAAAGUGAAGAUGAGGGAGAAGAUCCAGCUCUUGACAGUUUGAGUCAAGCCAUUGCCUUUCAGCAAGCUCGUUUAGAGGAAGAAGAGGUGAAACAUAAAAGGCAAACAGCUUCAUCUAAAGAAGAUGGUGGUCCGUCCACUUCCACUGACUCAAGGAAACCCAGGAUCAAAAAAAGUGCAUACUUCAGUGAUGAGGAAGAGCUCAGUGACUAAACAAUCUUUACACACAUGUCACCUUAUCAGCACAUUGAUGAGUAUGUCCUGGUUGUGUAUAUUAUUUUUUAUUAAAUGUACUUUUAAUUUCCAACCACACUAUAUUUUUUAUACCCGUGAUUGUUGUGAUAUCAGCCACAUAUAAAA